GAUCACUUUACGCAAUGCUGCGAUUCCACCGACGUGCGUUAGGACCUCUCCAGAAGGGCGUGUCGUCCUUCUCCUCCACGGCCACGAAGGAGAAGCUCUUUGACAAGGUACUCAUUGCGAACCGCGGUGAAAUCGCCUGCCGUGUCAUCCGCACGUGCCGCCGUCUCGGAAUCAAGACGGUGGCAGUGUAUUCGGAACCUGAUGUAAACUCUGUGCACGUUCGGCUUGCAGACGAAGCCGUGUGCGUCGGUCCUGCCAAGUCUGCGAACAGCUACCUCAACAUUGACCGCAUCAUGGAUGCUGUCCGUCAAACUGGCGCGCAAGCGGUGCACCCGGGGUAUGGCUUUUUAUCAGAGAACAAAUUGUUUUGCGACGCAUUGGACAAGGCCGGCGUGACCUUUAUCGGUCCUGGGUUCCAUGCCAUCGAAGCUAUGGGGGACAAGAUCGAAUCCAAGCAAAUUGCCAUCGAUGCCGGUGUCAACACGAUUCCGGGGUUUCAAGGCGUCAUCCAGGACGAAGACGAAGCCGUCAAGGUGGCCCGUGAGGUCGGAUACCCUGUCAUGGUCAAGGCGAGCGCGGGCGGUGGCGGCAAGGGCAUGCGCGUGGCGUACAACGACGCCGAAGUGCGCGAAGGGUACCGUUUGUCCAAGGAGGAAGCGGCCAACUCGUUUGGCGACGACCGCAUGUUCAUCGAAAAGUUCAUCGAAGACCCGCGACACAUUGAAAUCCAGCUGCUCGCCGACACCCACGGCAACUACGUGCCCUUCCCCGAGCGAGAAUGCUCCAUCCAACGCCGCAACCAAAAGGUGAUCGAGGAAGCGCCCAGUAUGCUCUUGGACGAAGCCACGCGCCGCGCCAUGGGGGCUCAAGCAGUGAUGCUGGCCAAGAAGGUCGGGUACACGUCGGCAGGAACGGUGGAAUUCCUCUGUGAUAAGCACAAGAACUUUUAUUUCUUGGAAAUGAACACGCGGCUGCAGGUCGAGCACCCUGUCACAGAACUCAUCACGAAAGUGGACUUGGUCGAGCAAAUGCUUCGCAUUGCGGCGGGUCAUGCUCUGCCUGCGCACUUGACGUCUGGCCCGUUGCCGAUCUACGGAUGGGCGAUGGAAAGCCGCGUGUAUGCCGAAGACCCCCUCCGCGGAUUCCUCCCCUCCAUCGGGCGGUUGCUCACUUAUGACGAGCCGCACCAUCUGCCCGGCGUCCGCGUCGACUCGGGCGUGACGGAAGGCAGCGACAUUAGCAUGCACUACGACCCGAUGAUUUCCAAGCUCGUGACCCAUGGCAAGGACCGCAAAGAGUGUCUUGAACGCAUGAAGUUUGCGCUGGACCACUAUGUGAUUCGCGGCCCGGGCAACAACAUGGCGUUCAUGCAAGACGUGUACCGGCACCCUCGGUUCGAGUCUGGCAACAUCACGACCAAAUUCAUCGCGGAAGAGUACCCCGACGGCUUCACGGGCGUCAAACUCGACGCGGAGCAGACCCACGAGGUGAUCGUCGCCGGCGCGCUCAUGCACCUCAAGGCGUCGCGGUCCUCCAACAAGAACAAGGCGGCGCAAGUGUGGACGACCGCCGCCGGCACCACCGUGACCCAACUGCCCGAGUCGUUUCAAGGAGUGGUGGCGUUGGAAGCCGAGAACGCCACGUCAUCGGACGUGCUAUCCUGGUUGAACACACUGCCGUCCACUGUGGGGUCGCAUGUAUUUGUAAGUGCCCACGGGCCAUUCGGAGAAGCGCACGCGGUCCGCGCCGUGGCGGUUGGCUCCACCAUCUACGCCAGCGUGGGCGGGUCAUCCAACUGGGUGAUCGUCAACGACUUCGACUGGUCCCCCAAGGCGCCGCUCUUUAGCGCCGACAUUUCCGCCAACCGCCGCGCGCUGCAAGUGCUCAAAAAGUUGCCGGAAGGGUUCCAGAUCCAGCAUCACGGCGCCGUCCACGAUGUGAUUGUACGAUCGCCCAAGGAACACGAGCUGUCCGUGUACAUGAAGCCCAAGCCUAAAGUGGAUCUGAGUCGAUUCGUGCUGUGCCCGAUGCCUGGUCUGUUGGUGUCGGUGGCUGUGCAAGCUGGCGACCAUGUGCAAAUUGGCCAAGAAGUGGCUGUGGUUGAAGCCAUGAAGAUGCAAAAUGUCAUUCGCGCGUCUAAAAAAGGUAUAAUCAAGGCCGUGCUGCACCCUGCUGGCGCUGCGCUUAAAGUCGACGAAAUCAUCGUCGAAUUCGAGUAGAUACAGCAAUAGUAGCCGUAGUUUCGUUUUUAAACACGUGUUCACCAACCAACACACCCUGGUUACUCUAUUUGUCUUG